AUGACACCUUGGAGCUACGAUGAGAUGAAACGUUGCAAAGCCAUUCUCUAUCCAGAAGAAGAAAAAUUCCCCACGACGCUCAUGAACCAGCUUUUCGAUUGGUACGGCGGUGUGCCGCGAGAUGUCUUCCAACUGACCUCUUCUGAAUUCAACACCAACCCCGACGUGGACACUGUGGUGCAAAAGAUGUCCAAGAAGCUGAUUGACGUCAUCCAAUACGAAGGUCCAGUUUCCAAUCUUAUUCAUGCACAUCAGGCCAGAACUCGUGAAGAAGAAUAUUCGCAUCGUGUGCUACACCUAUGUACGCACCAUACUGGAGAUCUCGCUCAGUAUUCCGUGGCAUGGGCAUCACCCCGAGUUGGGAGAGAAGUGUUUCGCUUAUAUGCAGAGGAAAUCCGCAGAAACCUGAAAAGCUUCCGGGGUAUCAACGGCUUUACGGAUGGCAAUGCGCGUGGAGCACAGUUUGAGGUAUACGCUCACGAGUUGUUGCGAGAAGGCGGAACCUUUCAAGUCCGUCGACUUUGCGAAGAUCUGUCGAGCGACCAGAACGCUGAGGUCACGUUUCCCGCAACCGAGCUUCGAGACUUCCGAACUUACGAAGACGUUGACCUGGGCACCGACGUUUAUUGGCAGCUGCAAAGUAAAAAUCUGGCAUCAAUCGAUUCGUUGCGUGGACCAGCCAAUUUUUUCCAAAUGACAGUUUCGUCAACACAUCCGAUCAAGCAUCAUGGCCUCGCAAAAGCUCUAGACCUGGUGGACAAGUCCGAAUCUCCCAUAAAGCUUUACUUUGUCGUUCCAUCCAAUGUUUAUUGGACCUUUAGAUGCCAGCCACAUCAUAACCAAAAGGGGGCACUAUUCAAGAAAUCACUUGGUGAACGAGUCUGCGAAGUAGAGCAGUGGGCUUUGUUGAUUCCAACUGGGUCCGAGGAGCCGGCGAGAGGCAAAGACAAGGAAUACCAUGCUGGAACAAAAAGGAAGUUUGUUUGA